AAUCAAGGUCGUUUACCCACACUUCGAGACCUAUAUAUACCGGAAAAACUGUAACAACUUUAUCAGUUUACUCCUGUGACUUGAAUCAACAAUCAUCAUCAUGAACUCCAUGGUUGCUUUCGCUUUCUUGGCCGUCGUCGCCACAGCAUCCGCUUCCCACAUCGGUCUUGGACUCGGUGGAUGGGGAGGACUUGGCGGACUCGGUCUUGGACAUGGCGCUGGAGUCAUCAGCCCCUGGGCUUUGAGCCCUGUUGGACCAUCUGGGGUAGUCACUGGAGCAGGUGCUGCAGGACCUUCUGGAGUAGUUACCGGAGCAGGAGCAGCUGGACCAGCCGGAAUCGUCACUGGAGCCGGAGCUGUAGGACCCACCGGACCUAACGGACAUGGUGCCAUCGGUUUGGGAUUGGGACUUGGAGGUCUCGGUUUGGGACACGCCGGUUUGGGACAUGGAUGGGGUCUUCAUGGUUAGACGCUCUUGAUAGGAUACCUCUUUUGUAUAUUUUAAACUGAUGAAAAGACCGAUAAUAAAUAACUGUACAUAAC